GAGUGCCCAUGUUGGUCACCUGAGGAGGGGCGUCAGUCACAGACAUGCUUAACACAAAGCGACCAGACAACUUCCUUUCUCAGAAUAAAAGAUGCAUUGCCCAGGCACCUUGGAACAAAUUAAUCAGCAAAAUACACUUUGAAGGAAAUUACUUGCUUCCUGUUUUUGUGGGAGCCACUCACAAGAGGCAGGAUGCUGGACAUGCUGGAGAGGCUGCAGACCAUCAGUGAGGGGCAGGAGGACGACGAGUCAGACUGCUACGAACCUGAGUACGAUGUAGACAAGGUGACUCUGUCUCAAGAGGCAGUGGUGUUUGAGAACUCCUCUGACAUUGACAACAUCCUGGGGGAGGCCCACUCAAUAAGAAAGGAUAUCUCCCUGCUCCAAUUGGAGAUACAGCGUCUGAGCACCCACAAUGAACGCUUUGGCACCACUGUGCGGCGUCUCACCUUGCUCAAAAAGGACUCUGACUCCAUCGCUAGGGGGAUCCAGCAACGUGGGGAGGGCCUGUAUGUCUGCCUUCAGGCUCUAGAUAAGAAGAGCAGACGGCUGGAGGAGAAAAAGGGUCCAAAUGCUGCUGUGAGCCGCAUUUCCCGAGCUCAGUAUGACACACUGACCCGUGCCUUCCAUGAUGCCAUGAGUGAUUACAAUAAGGCGGAAGAGAUGCAGAGGUACACAUGUCGGGGGAGGAUUCAGAGGGAGGCCUCUAUAAUGGGGACUGAAAUCACUGAUGACCAGCUGGAUUUGAUGGUGGACAAAGGUGGUGAGGGAUGGGCUGAGCUGUCCCAGAGCCUGGAGAUCCAAAGUGCACGCUCGUCCCGCUCGGCGAUGUCUGACAUCAAAGGCCGACACAAGGAGCUGGUGGAGCUGGAGGUCCGGCUGAAGGAGGUCCAUUCACUGUUCCUGCAAAUGGCCAUGCUGGUGGAGGAGCAGGGGUCCAUGGUUAAUAACAUUGAGGCAAAUGUGUGUUGCACUCAGGAAUACGUUAACAAAAUCAACGUUAACAUGAAGACGGCCCUAAAGUACAAGAAGAAGAAUCCUUUUCAGCAAUGUUGUCCCUGUCUACCUUGUUGGGGACACAACUAAACUCUUUAGGGCUUAUUUUUACUUUAUGUCAUUAUAUUAAUUACUUAAAAGUUGAAUAAACAUUUACCUGUGUAAAAGGUUAUGGACAGUUGAAAAAGAAUGUUUGUACAUUUUAAAAGGAUGUUAUUUGAAUUGAAAUGUUUAAGCUUACGGACGCAAAAUAAAUAAUGUUAUAGUAAA